CAGAAAAGCAAUUUGGGGGAGGGAGCUUGGUUGAGUUUAUUUUCCACUGGGUGCUGAAGGGGACCUGAAUCCUAGGCGCAAAUGUCUCCCCGGAGCUCAGCAGCCCCAGCAUUCCUGGGCUCCUGGGUUAGCAAGGCAGCCCGGAGCUCUGGGCUCCGCACAGUGUCAGAAGGAGGCGAGCGCUCUGCUGUGUCCUUUUAAGCUCCAGCUGUUCUUUCCGCAGGAACUAUUUUUAGCUCGCCCAUUCGCUCCCUCUCUCAGCUGUGGCAGCAUCCGGAUCGGUGUUUCCUCUCAGUAGCUCUUCACUUGCUUUCCUCAUCAGCUUUGCCAAUCCUCCACCACCUCCCCUCCAACUCCCCCCCCCCCCCCUUCUCGGCAGCUCUUGGUAGCUUCCACACAGAGAAGGUCAGAAAACUGAGCAUGUCUGGAUGUGCUCGGCAGCCACAGCGGCGGGGGCAGAGCGGGGAUGCGUCAAGCUGAUCCCAUUCACGGGGAAGGGGCCUGAAGGAGCGCAGGGAGUGCGCCGCGCUCCGCCUCACCCAGCCAAGAGGGGCGCAAUCGCCGCAGCCGCAGCUGCCGCCGCCUCCACCUCCACCUCCCAGCGACCGGCAAGUCAACUGAAAUAUUGUGCAUAGAGUGCCUGAAGCAAAACUGAGAGCAAUACCCAGGAACCUUGACUUUUCAUCACUAAUUUUGGACACUGGAAAGGACCUGCUGAAGUGUACGCAACAAUGUCUACAUCCAAUCUGUCCUGGUUGAAGAAAAAAUCCCAAUCUGUGGAUAUCACUGCACCAGGAUUUAACCCUCUGGCGGGAGCAGCGAAAUCAGCAGCACAGGCCAGUAAGGUGCCAUCUGUCCCUAAAACACCAACCAUUGUGGAAGAGGAAAACAACACAGACAAUGCCCAGAAGCGUAAUCCACGGAGGAGUGAACUGAAGAGAUUCUAUACCAUUGGAAUUAAGGACAUAAGCAUAAUACGCAGUCUUAGGAAGAUGACAUACACUGGCCAAAAGAAGAGCCUAGACAAGAAAGAUGGAAGACGAAUGUCAUUUCAGAAGCCUAAAGGGACUAUUGAAUAUACUGUUGAAUCAAGGGAUUCUUUGAAUAGCAUCGCCCUGAAAUUUGAUACCACACCCAACGAACUGGUUCAGUUAAAUAAGCUGUUUUCCAGAGCAGUUGUUACUGGACAGGUUUUAUAUGUUCCUGAUCCUGAAUAUGUUUCUAGUGUUGAGAGUUCCCCAUCUCUUAGCCCUAUAAGUCCCUUGUCACCAACCUCAUCAGAACCUGAAUUUGAUAAGCCAACAGAUACAGAUGGAGUCCACCAGAAAGAGGCAACUCCCUCUUCUGCUUUUAGUUGUGUUCGCUCAACAAGAGUUGUAUCUUCUACUUCUGAGGAAGAAGAGGCAUUUACUGAAAAAUUUCUUAAAAUUAAUUGCAAGUACAUUACCAGUGGCAAGGGUACAGUCAGUGGUGUGCUGCUAGUAACACCAAAUAAUAUAAUGUUUGAUCCACAUAAAACUGACCCAUUGGUCCAAGAAAAUGGCUGUGAGGAGUAUGGCAUCAUGUGUCCAAUGGAAGAGGUGAUGUCAGCUGCUAUGUACAAAGAAAUUCUGGAUACCAAAAUAAAGGAAUCCUUACCCAUAGAGGUAGAUCAAUUAUCAGUAAGGGAUCUCUGCCAUUUUAAGAAAAUGACAAGAAGUAAUACUGAUGACAUAGAUUCCAGGAUUCGGGAUACAGGAAAUGACAGCGCCAGCACCGCACCUCGGAGCACUGAGGAGUCUCUCUCUGAAGAUGUGUUCACAGAAUCAGAACUUUCUCCAAUACGGGAGGAGCUCAUUUCUUCAGAUGAACUACGUCAGGAUAAAUCUUCUGGUGCAUCAUCAGAAUCUGUCCAAACUGUGCAAGCCGGUGCAGGAUGUUUAACAGUCAUUCCAGAUUCUUCUGUUACUCCUGAUAACUUAAAAGGCAAUACUGAACAGCCUGCCCCUGAUGUGGGGACUUCAGGUCAUAAAACAAAUUUAGAUAGUCCAGAAGUAGCCUUAAAAGAAGGAGAUUCAGUUACAAACAUCUCUCAACAGUCUUUACAAGAAACACAAUGCCACAAAGAAAAUAACAUGGGGGUCGAAAUGAACACAAACCAGGAUUUUACACUUUCUCAGAAUUCAGUACAAGGAUCAGAAGAUGAGAAAGAAAGCGGGCAUUUGGGGGAAAUCACAGAAACUGUGAACAAAGGGAAACAAGGAAAGGAACAAACUCAGGACUCUGAGACAGAGGUAGAAGAGCUACGCAAACUUUGGAAAAGUCACACUAUGCAACAAACUAAACAGCAAAGGGAAAACAUUCAGCAGGUGUCACAAAAAGAAAUUAAGCACAAAAUAGCACCUGCAGACGGACAUAUAGAAGGAUCAGGUGUUUUUAAAGAAAAGAGAAGACAUCGAUUGCACAAAUUCUUAUGUCUUAGAGUUGGAAAACCAAUGAGAAAAACAUUUGUAUCUCAAGCAAGUGCCACAAUGCAACAAUAUGCACAGAGAGAUAAGAAACAUGAAUAUUGGUUUGCUGUGCCACAGGAAAGGACAGAUCAUUUAUAUGCAUUCUUCAUUCAGUGGAGUCCAGAAACAUAUGCAGAAGAUACUGGUGAAUUUACUAGAGAACCAGGAUUUAUUGUAGUAAAGAAAAUUGAAGAGCCUGAAACUACUGAUGAUUCUGAAGCUGCAGCCAGAGAGUGGGAGGUAGUGUCAGUGGCUGAGUAUCACCGCAGGAUCGAUGCUCUAAAUACUGAAGAACUGCGCACACUCUGCAGACGUCUCCAGAUUACCACAAGGGAAGAUGUAAAUUCAAAGCAAGCUACUCCUGUAAAAGCAGACCUGGAGUCUGAAGCAUUUCGACCAAAUCUCAGUGAUCCAAGUGAAUUGUUACUACCAGAUCAAAUCGAAAAGCUCACUAAACAUCUUCCACCACGAACCAUUGGCUAUCCUUGGACUCUUGUCUAUGGUACUGGGAAACAUGGUACAAGUUUGAAGACCCUAUAUCGAACAAUGUUAGGUUUGGACACACCAGUGCUGAUGGUGAUUAAAGACAGUGAUGGCCAGGUUUUUGGUGCAUUGGCAUCGGAACCAUUUAAAGUGAGUGACUGCUUUUAUGGGACUGGAGAGACCUUCGUUUUUACUUUUUCUCCAGAAUUUGAGGUUUUUAAAUGGACUGGAGAUAAUAUGUUUUUUAUUAAAGGAGAUAUGGAUUCCCUAGCUUUUGGUGGAGGAGGGGGAGAAUUUGCUCUUUGGCUUGAUGGGGAUCUCUACCAUGGUAGAAGUCAUUCCUGUAAAACAUUUGGGAACCACACACUUUCUAAAAAAGAAGAUUUCUUUAUUCAAGACAUUGAAAUAUGGGCUUUUGAAUAACUACUGUUCUUACCAGGAUAAUGCCCCAAACCUGACAUGGACAAGCAUAGUUUGGAAAGUUCAUGAAGCAAUAUAAUGUAGCAUGUCACUAACUAAUUUAGAUGAGUCUGUGUCACCAUUUAUUUUAGGUAUAAUUUUUGGAGGGUUUUUUCCAAAAAAAUCAUGUUCCUUCCCCUGAGUUCUCAAGGUAUAAUACUUAUCUAGUGCCAUGUAGUAUAAAUAACUUGCAGUUUGACUGCAGUUUAACAAAGGAGUGGCCACUCCAUCUAAAAAUCUCUCUAAUGUUAGUGCUGCUAUAUUGAACUUCCACCUAGUUAAUUUUUUUAAUUAAAAUUAUAUUGACUCUUUUAAAGAAAAAAGUAUAUGUGGGGCAUAGAUUGAGAUUAUAAAUAAUGAUAGACUACAAUACUACUGAGGUCGAGUGACCAACUUGCAUUGUAGAACCAAUACAUGAGAAACUAUAUGCCAAAUUAAAGGAUACUGUCUAGUUUUAGUUCACUUGAGUAUAACAGCACCAUUUAUUAUUUAGAAGGCAUUCUUGAUUCCAUUUUAGGAAAAGUGAAAUGAGGGAAGAAUUCUAAUUGUAUUAGACCAUAUUACACUUGCAGGUUUGGGGAAACAGCACUAAUGGAUUCUGUUAAAGAUUUGUAAAACUGCAAAGGAGUAUGAGAACUUAAUGAUUCCAUUUGGUUUAAUAUAUUAAGCAAGAAAAUAUAGUAUUAACUUAUUUGUAGCUUAGCAGGGCAUUAUCAGAAAUACAAAGACUAUGAAACAUGCAUAUUUCUUCAACAUAAAAUAUCAGAUAUACUAUUUUAUGGUUUUUGUUGUUUUAGCCUCGUUGCACUUCAAAUCCAAAAAUAUAGUUUAUUCUUGUCCAGAUAAGAAAAAAAAAUGUGAUUUAAAAAACAAUUGAGUGGAUAUAUGUUGUAAAUUACAGUUAGCACCAGCGCUAAUAAAAUGGGUCAUGUACUAUAGUAGACAAUAUUGUAACUCAGUAGAUUCGUGGAAUAUGCAAAUUUACUGUCGUGACCUCAAGGAAAAAAAAAAAAGACAGACUAGAAUAUACUAGUAGUUCUUGUCCUCUUUUGUAGGAAAAGCAGUAAUAAACCAUUGUGGCAAUAACAACCCAUCAAAACAGUUCAUUUCAAAGCUUCUAUUCUAUGUUAUGCAAAAAAACAAAAACUGCUGUUAUACAUGUGACAGUGACUUUGUGCUGAAACUUCAGCUAUUCCAGAUGAACAUUGUAUAUUAUCUUGUAAAUUAAUGUUUAAAGGUAGUUUUGUUCUUAUAGAAAGUGUUGAUUGACAGGUUGCUUAUAGCACUUUAAAUUAUUCUAAAAAUGGAAUAAAAGCCAGAUGUGUUGGCUUAAGUAGAUGUAGUUGUAUAGCACUUCAGUAUAUUUAGUUCUUUUGAAAGUUAAAUACUUAGCUGAAGAAAACUUACUGCUAGGGUAAUUAAUAGGAACAGUUGCUCUGUCCUAAUAUGCUACUGCUGAAUAUGAAUGGAAAUACAGGACAUCAUUUCCUUAAUUGUCUGUGUAAAUCUCUUAAUACUUAUUAGACGUUAGUAUAUAGAUUAAAUGUUUACAAUAUAAGGAACUGUAAAUAAAUAUCUCCUUUUUCUCCUUCGGUCUUCCACAGCAGUAUUAUUGUCUUUGUGGAGUUAAGACUAAACAAUCCUGUAAUGGAUUUCAAUUAUAAUAAGGUCAUAGUGAUGUAUAGCAAAUAAAACUAAAAUACAUGUAUAAAAAUUUGAGUUGCCAUUUAUUGAAGCCAGUCAGUCAUCAUUUAUUCAGUACCUGCUCUGUGCCAGGCACUAUAUUAAGUACUGGAAAUACAAAAAGAGGCAAAAACCCUUAAGAAGCUCACAGUCCAUUGGGGAGACACUAUGCAAGCAACCAUCUAUAGACUAUACAGGACAAAUGGGAAAUCAGCAGAGGAAAGGGACUGUAAUUAAGAGGGUCAGGAAGGACUUACUGUUCAAGGUGGGAUUUUAACUGAGGUUUGAGGAAAGCAAGGAGGCUGAGAUUAGGAGGUAGAAUAUGCCAUAUAUGGGAGACUGCCAGUGAAAAUGUCUGGAGGCAGGAGUGAAGUUAAGUGAGUGAGAGAUAAGAAAAGGAAGUGCAUAUUGUAGAUGGCCUUCUCAAGGGAUUUAGCCACAAAAGGGAGGAGAAACAGUGGGGAUGGAUGAAUCAAGCAAAGGUUUUUGCUGGGGGGAAUUUGGAUUUUUUUUAAGGAUAGGGGAGACUGCUUGAGUUCAAAUCCAGCCUGGACCUGAGUUCAAAUGCGGCCUCAGACACUUGACACUUAGUAGCUGUAUGACCCUGGGCAAAUCAUUUAACCUGCAUUAUCCCACCAAAAAAAAAAUAAAAUAAAAGGAUAGGGGAGACAUGUAGGCAGUAGGGAAGCAGUCAAUAGAUAGAGAUUAAAGAUAGAGUGGGGAUGACAGAAAAGACAGUUUGCUGGGAGAGGAUGGGAUAGAAUGGAGUCAUUUGUGUAUGUAGAGGGGUUUGUCUUGACAAUUAUUCAUUAUGCAAGUUAGGUGAAAGUUGAGAUAGUGGCAGAAGUCAUCUGUGAAAUGAGGGCAUAAAAGAAUUCUCUCCACAAUUGGCCUCAGUUUUUUCCAGUGAAAUAUGAGAUAAGGUUUUCAGCUGAAGUAGAAGGGGCAAUAGGGGAGGCUUAGGAGGAAUAUAAAGGUUAGGAAAAGCCACAUUAUUGAGUCGGAUAGUGAGUCAAAUUAGGAGGGUGUUGAAGUGAUUUCCCAAUUGAGAUUACCUCGGUCUGCACAGGGAGACCAGGUCUGGCCAGGAGCAUGCCCAGGAGAGCACAUUGGCGCUCAAGGAGAAGCUGUACACCAGGGCAAUGGGUCUCAGACCCAUGGUAGUGGGAAAGGAAUAGAACAGAAUUGCAAUGAGAGUGGCUGCUAUGUGGCAGCUCGGUGGACCACCACCUAGUUCUGGGUCACAGAUCCAGGGUACACAUGCACACAAGGGCUAACAAUAUGCAGUAAGGAAUGGCCACAGACUCUAGGCAGUGUACUAAGAGGCAGAUUCUGAAACAAUGUGGCUCCUCCCAAGAAUAGUUUUAGUUCCAACUUUUAGUCCAGUCUGAAACAUGGAGAGCAAUAACCAGUCAGAAACCCAGACCAAAGGGGAGUCUGCAGUUCGGUCAUUGAAUGAGCUAGCUGACAGUGGGUGAAUUUAGCAGCAAUCUACUAUUGUGCAGACUCAAACCUAGGUCAGAAACUUCCAGAGCUCAGACCAAUAGGCUAUUUGGAUUACUGAAAGCUUGCUGGUCCUCAGCCUGAGCUGUCUUCAAGGAACUGGAAUAACAAAAUUCUCAAUACCUCAAUAAAGCAUCAAUAAGACCAGCCCAGAACUUCCAGAAGUGCACAAAACUUGCCCCCAACAUCAAGUCUGAAGUCAGGAGGUAGACUGGAAGACUUGAGCAAACAAAAAAUAAUACCAUAAAACACUAUUAUGGUAACAGAGAUGUUCAAGAGACAAACAUAGAAGAGAAUGACUCCAAAAUAUCUACAAAGACAAAAAACAAAAAGAAGAAAAAACAACCCGGGCUCAGAUUUAAUGAGAAUUCCUGGAAGAGUUGAAGCAAGAUUUUAAAAAAUAUUCUAUAAAUGAAAUGAGUGAUAGAAUUAAACAUCAGAAAGAAAUUAGAACUGUGGAAAAAAGAAUUGGAGAGGGAAUUAAAUAUCAUAAGAGGUACAAAACCUGGCUCAAGUAACAAAUUACCCAAAUGGACCAAACAGAAGUUAAUGGCUUCAUGAGACAAGAAGAAAUGUUAAAACUAAGCCAAAAAACUGAAAAAAAAAAAAUGAAAA